AUUUUCUUCCACUCCACAAGGUUGAGCCUGAUUUUCUAUCAUGAUAUGAUAGAUACCUCGUCAUCGAGGAAAGCGAGAUCCAGAUCAGCCGGAUAUUUCCUUGCCCACGCCCAAAUAACAGCGCUCCAAAAUGGGCAAAUCCGAAGACAGUGAAAAGAAGAAGAAGAUGAAAGAUGUUGAAAUAAGUGUUCCUAUCGUAUAUGGUAAUGCUGCAUUUUGGCUUGGUAAAAAGGCAAGCGAGUAUCAAUCUCAUAAAUGGACUGUAUAUGUUCGUGGGGCAACAAAUGAGGAUCUUAGUGUGGUGGUAAAGCGGGCUGUUUUUCAGUUGCAUUCCAGUUUCAAUAACCCCACAAGAAUUGUGGAGUCGGCUCCAUUUGAGUUAACGGAAUCAGGGUGGGGUGAAUUUGAGAUUGCCAUUACACUCUUCUUCCAUAACUAUGUUUGUGAGAAGCCCUUGAACCUAUAUCAUCAUUUGAAGUUAUACCCAGAAGAUGAAUCUGGCCCCAUGUCAACUAAGAAACCAGUUGUCGUGGAAUCCUAUGAUGAGGUCGUAUUCACAGAACCAUCUGAGAGUUUUCUAGCUCGUGUUCAGAAUCAUCCAGCUGUAACUUUCCCCAGAUUACCGGCUGGUUUUACUUUACCACCCCCAGUACCACAAGAUGAAAGUAAAAGGAAAAGAGGUGACACUAAGGACCAUCCCCUAAGCCAGUGGUUCUUGAAUUUCUCAGAAGCUGAUGAGCUAUUACAACUUGCAGCUGCUCGUCAGCAGGUACAAACUCAUAUUGCUAAGCUCAGGCGACAGAUUAGCUUGACAGAUGGGCAGAAUCAACCGUUCAAAUCACUCUGACAGUGAAUUACAGUAGUCCUGGAAAUUUUGAGAUUUUCACUCCCAGUUCAAAUAGAUUUUGUGGCAAAGGCAUCUGAUGGCAUUGUAAUGUAUCUGAGAUAUGCGUCUUCUAAGACUUUGCAGAGUUGUCUCAUUUUUUUUCCUUGGCUUUUGAGCUCUGUACUAAUAAAUGAAUGGCAAAAAGAACAGUGUGUGCUAUUUAUUUCUUUAAUAGAAGGUAAAUUUACUAA